CGCCAUGAAAAAUCUCAGAUUCCUCCUGGCAGACAUACACUGUUUCACUUCAAAGGAGGCCCAGCAGCUGCUUCACAACAAAUUUGUGGUGGUCGUAGGAGACUCUAAUUACCGAGCAAUAUAUAAAGAUCUGGUCUAUAUUCUGCAGACAGAUAAGGUGCUCACCCUUUCUCAGCUGAAGCAAAAGGACGAGGAAUCUUUUGCGAACGAUUGCCGAGUAGAAUUUAAUGGGCCACAUUCCAGAAAUGAUUAUCGCCUGGUACGUCAGUACCGCACCUGUCAUCACCUUGUGCGUUUCUACUUCAUCACCCGCGUUUAUUCGCCCUACGUGGAAAGCAUCUUGAAUGACUUCAGAGCUGGUCAGGAGGCUGGUCUGGCCCCAGAUGUUGUCAUCCUGAAUUCUUGCAUCUGGGAUCUCAAUAGAUAUCACGAUGACUUUCCCACGGAGCCCCCGGUCCCGAAAGCUAUCAGAGAAUACCGCCAGAAUGCAGAGAAACUCUUUCAAGCAUUGCACAAUAUUCUUCCUCCAAGCUCUCUCGUGAUUUGGAGUACGGCCUUGCCCAUAACGGAAGAUGCCCGUGGAUACGUCGUUGAGCAUCCACACAAACCUUCAGCCAAGGAUAUGAUAGAGGCUAACUUCUAUGUCAGCAACCUCGCCGAGCAAUACUGGUUUGACGUCCUGGACCUGCACCAUCGCUUCCGCUUUUUGGAAAACCUGCAUGCCACCGAUGGCGUUCACUGGGACUCCCGGGCACACCGGUAUAUUACCAAUCUCUUGCUCACCCACAUUGCAGAGGCCUGGCAAGUGGAGGUUAAGAAAAGGAGGCUUCAGAUUGGAAUUCCGAGGGAUAAAAAGGCAGAGGAUCAACAGCCUUCUCCCUGGAGGACCGUGCUGCCAACCCAUCGGCCUUGCCUGUGGAGCAGCAGCCCAGCCCAGAAGCUAUUCAACUCCAGUAGGACUUGUCUUUACACCCGUUGUAAUGCCGAGUACAAAAACAGACCCAGAGGAAGGUUGGGUCAAGGUUACCAGUCUGCCCAGCUCAGUGGUUCCAUCCAGCACAACGGAAGCCACAUCAGUGGCCCUAAUGGUGGAGUUCAGUAUGAGCAGGUCCCCUUGCCCUAUGCUGAUCCAUCCAAUCCCAGGAAUUAUUUUCACACCCAGCCUCAUGACAGUUGGCCCAUAUGUUCUUCUGAACAGCACUACCCUCAUCCCAAUCCAAGUUGUUAUUCUCGUGGCCCAGAUCACGUGGGCUAUGACAGCAGGCCCACAUGUUCUUCUGAUGAACAGGAGCACUAUCCCCAUCCCAAUCCAAGUUAUUAUUCUCGUGGCCCAGAUCACGUGGGCUAUGACAGCAGGCCCACAUGUUCUUCUGAUGAACAGGAGCACUACCCCCAUCCCAAUCCAAGUUAUUAUUCUCGUGGCCCAGAUCACGUGGGCUAUGACAGCAGGCCCACAUGUUCUUCUGAUGAACAGGAGCACUACCCCCAUCCCAAUCCAAGUUAUUAUUCUCGUGGCCCAGAUCACGUGGGCUAUGACAGCAGGCCCACAUGUUCUUCUGAUGAACAGGAGCACUACCCCCAUCCCAAUCCAAGUUAUUUUUCUCGUGGCCCAGAUCAUGUGGGCUAUGACAGCAGGCCCACAUGUUCUUCUGAUGAACAGGAGCACUACCCCCAUCCCAAUCCAAGUUAUUAUUCUCGUGGCCCAGAUCACGUGGGCUAUGACAGCAGGCCCAUAAGUAUGACUGAACAGGAUCAUCGCCCUCAACCCAGUCCAUGUUAUUCUUGUGCCCCAAAUAGUAUUGGCUAUGAUGGCAGACCCAUCCGUUCUUUGGAACGAGAGCAAUGUGUCCAAUCCUAUCCCAGUAAUUAUUCUCACGCCCUCCAAGAUGGCAGGCCCACAUGUUCUGCUGAACAGGAAGCAAGACUCCAGUCCCCUCCCAACAGUUCCUCUCAUGCCCCAAAAGGUGCUGGCCAUGCCAGCAGGCCCAUGAGUUCUACUGAACAGGAGCAAUGUCGCCACUCCUAUCACCGCAAUUAUUUUCAUGCCCCACGUGGUGCUGGUUAUGACAGUAGGAUCAUAGGUGUGCCUGAGCAGGCUUUGUGCCCCCCACUUAAUCCUUGGACUGACUUUCUUGUCCACCUCAGUGCUAGGAAUGGCCCAUGGCCCUCAGAUGCAGAUGAAGACAAUCCUGGCUUUCCACUGCACAUGGAAGGUAUGUUCUGGCUUUCCUGCCAAACGUUGGAAAUUCAUCACAACGGUCCCUCUGUGCCGGAAUCCCUUACUCGUGAGGAGGGCUGGGCUACUUCCAGGCUUCCGUGCAGAUUACCCCAGGGAACCUGGGUUAGGUCCCGUAAGAUGGGCACAGAGCUCCCUCAGCGUGCCUACAGUCGACGCCGUGCCUAUGCCCCCUACGCCAAGGACCGGAGUAGCGCCAGGAACUCCUGUUAG